GCACCAGGCAGGGGAGGUAAGAGUUGGGACAGUGGCAGGUGAAUGAUAGUUGGAGGUAGACAAAGAGAGAAAAAAAAUGAGAGGUAGAUAGACGGAGAUGGGGGGAGGGCAACGUCAAGGUUGGAGACAGCUGCUGGAGGGAAUUAAGCAGGGACACCAGUGCUGGAGCUGAUUAUGCGAACCAUUAGGGGAGAGGUGAAUGGCAGAUGCAACCAGAACCAGACGAGGAGAGGGUGGAGCCUGUAGGUGACCUAUGUGUGUAAUGGGUGGAUGGAACCAGGAGGGGGUUCUGUACAUUUCAAAACCAUAAAUGCUGCUCGAAACAGUAUCUCCUUAAACAAAUGCAAACUUACCUAGCUUCACGUUUUCACCCUACCUUCCCACACAUUUAUUUCAAUCUCAAGAGUAACCUUGGUUCCUCUGCUAUACUGGACAUCAAAAAAGUACGCUCAGUAUGAGUGAUCUCUGCACAUCACCUCAUCUCCCGUGCCCCCACCCAAUAUAUGAAAAGCAGAUUCCGUCUGUUAAAAACCAGUAGAACCACAAGAUCAUGCUGCAGAUUCGAUCUCCUCGUCCUGAAUAUCAUCUCUAAACUAAAAUCUCUUUGACCGCAACAACUAUAUAUGCACCGCUGGCCCGGGAUGUGCAGGAAAAAGAGUGCGUUGCCUGGUGUAAAUCACAUGUUCCUUCACUUAAAUUUUGUGGCGGUCCUGCACAUCACCCUUCAAGAGCAAAAUGCAUCGAAACCCUUACAAGGAUGAAAACAAAAGUCAAAACAAAAUUUUACAGAAUUAAAAAUAACUUCGGCAAAAUGGUGGCCAGCAAGGGGGAAAAUGGCGGGGUCGGGAUGGGAAUGACGAUGCUCAAUCCAAUUGCUGUGGAAACAAUUAAGAAGAGAAAACAUUUUAAGUGCCGGCGCCUCCAGCAAGGGGAACCAGGAGCAUUAUUUCCACCCCACCCCCCCCCGGCCGCCUUGGAGCAGAUGGACGUCGGCUCCAUUUCUUGCCCGUUGAGAUGGUCCAGCCGCACGACACACAGCCCACUCGGGCAACGCUUCCACUGCCAGUCCGGCCUCCGACUGUCGCGUCGGGGCUGAGACCAGUGCCGACAGACUUCCUCCCACCCCGCUGAAGUCUGACUUUAUUACCCCCAGGGAUAUAUUUUUUGAAAAAAAGAAAACAAAUUAAAACCCGCCGGCAGCCUGCGAGGGGCCCCAAGCCGAGUGGCGGACCCGGUUUUGCAGCAAGCCACGAUCAGGGCGUUAAACCCCGGUGGGCUUUGGUCGCUCUCCCGUUUCUGGCCUGACCGCACUUGCUUCUUCCGCAUUUUCCUAGGGGUUAGACUCUGACGUUACGUAUUACGACGGCGGCGGCGGCGGCAGCGAAGAGCCGAGCAGAGUCAGCCCCUCCUCCUCCUCCCCGCAGCCAUCAAACAACAAAGCCUGAUUGGCAGGGCUAGGCCCGACCCGACCCGCCAGCGCUCGGCCCAGCCAGGAAAGGCUGAGCCUAAACCAAGCCCAGGAAGGAGUCGAAACGAACCGAAAUCGGCCUCCGCCCGCCCAACACGCUCACCAGGUGGCUCAUUAAUUUAGAUGCACCCGAAUGCCUUUGCCCAAAUGGUGAUUGACAUCUAUACACACUGAAAAAUUAGUUUGAAUGCUUAUGGCAGUGAACGUUUGAAGGAAGGUCGGGCUAAGUUUUCAGCAGUGAAUAUUUGAAGAUGGGCAGGCAGAUGUGGCUUCCAAAUAUGUUUUCCAAAUAAGGUGCUAUAUUCAGUGGUGACUGAUGAAAUUUGCAGACCAUGGAUGAAGAUGUAGGAGGGCUUGAACUGCAGCAACAGGAGCCCAAGGUGAUUUUUGAUAACACAGUUCAAGAAGUGACUUCUCAACAUAUUGAUGGACACCAUAUUCUUGUGGAAGUUCAAGAAACCGUCUUUGUAGAUUCCAAUAUUGCCCCUGGAUCCCACUUUGUCUCUGACGACACUGACUCUGUUGUAAUACAGGAUGCCAUUGAAGAUGUUGUGGCUGAAGAUGUCCACUGCCCUGAUAUUAUUGAGGAACCAGAAACCAUAAUUGUUCCUGAACAAGUACUGGACACAGAUGUUGCCACAGAGGAAACAUUGACCACAAUCCCUGAAGAUGUUUUAGCUUCGGACAUUACUUCAGAGGCCAUGUGUGUAGCUGAACAUGUACUGACAAGUGAGUCGAUACAUGUAUCCGAUAUGGCCACUGCUGAGCACGUUGCAGUCACAGAAGCAGAAAUAGUCACAGACACCUUGUUGCCUGAUGUAGAAGAGGUUCUGGUGGCGGACUCUACUGCGGAGACUGUGAUAGAUACACGCAGUUUACACGUUCAGAGUCAGGAGACAGUUCCUGUAACCAUCGAGGCUCCUGUAGGAAAUAAAGGCACUAGUGAAGAUUAUUUAAUGAUUUCCUUGGAUGAUGAUGGAGGAAAGAUUGGACAUGGAGGGAAUGGUGAGCUGAAAAUUGAAAGUGGACUGUCAGCACAGGGUGAACAUUUAAAAGAAGAUGGUAACUGCGGUGAUGUCAUUAAAGUUUACAUUUUCAAGGCAGAUGAUGGUGAUGAUGAUUUGGGUGGAACUGUGGACAUUGGCGAAAGUGAACCUGACAAUGAUCACGGGGUCGGAUUACUGGAUCAGGGCAACGUGGGCAGAAUAUCACGAGAGAAAAUGGUUUACAUGACUGUUAAUGACCCUAAUCAGGAGGAUGAGGAUAUAAUGAACACAACACAACAUGAGGAGAACUGCUACCUUCAAGCAAAUUGUGCUGACAUUGCAGAUGAAGUUUACAUGGAAGUCAUAGUAGGAGAAGAUGAAGCAACAGUGGGCCAUGAGCAACAAGUUGAAGACACAGACAUUAGCAAAACAUUUGUUCCUGUAGCUUGGGCUACUGCAUAUGGUAAUAGUUCGGAUGCUGUAGAGAACAAAAAUGAAACUGGCAGCCACCUCCUACAGGCAGAUGGAACAACUGAGCUUACCAGGCUGGUUAAACCAAAGUCAAGAAAAAGGAAGAGACUUGAAAGUAGACAGUAUCAGACAGCAAUCAUCAUAGGGCCUGAUGGGCAUCCUAUUACUGUUUAUCCAUGUAUGAUCUGUGGAAAAAAGUUCAAGUCCAGAGGCUUUCUGAAGAGGCACAUGAAGAAUCAUCCAGAGCAGCUGACCAAGAAAAAAUACCAGUGUACAGACUGUGAUUACACUACCAACAAGAAAACCAGUUUACACAACCAUCUGGAAAGCCACAUGCUCAUGAACAAGGUGGAGAAGACCUAUGAGUGUGAUGAAUGUGGUAAGAGGUUUACUCACCCAGGAGCUCUGGUUUCCCAUAAGUUGGUUCACCGGGAGAAGGGAGCUACAAAGAUGCACAAGUGCAAAUUUUGUGAUUAUGAGACUGCCGAGCAGGGGCUUCUGAAUCGACAUCUCUUGGCUGUGCACAGCAAGAAUUUCCCUCACAUAUGUGUGGAGUGUGGAAAGGGUUUUCGCCAUCCAUCAGAACUGAGGAAACACAUGCGAACCCACACUGGGGAGAAACCCUACCAGUGCCAGUACUGUGACUAUAAGUCAGCAGAUGCCUCGAACCUCAAAACCCACAUGAAAACAAAGCACAGCAAGGAUCUGCCAUUCAAGUGUGAGCAUUGUUUAAUGACAUUCACGGAUGCCAAAGAACUGCAGAAGCAUGCGGCCAUUCAUCAGGGACAUAAAACCCACCAAUGUACACAUUGUGAUCAUAGGAGUUCUAACUCCAGUGAUCUGAAGCGCCAUAUUAUUUCGGUCCAUACCAAGGACUAUCCUCACAAGUGUGAGGUAUGUGACAAGGGUUUUCAUCGACCCUCGGAGCUCAAGAAACACAUGUCAACUCACAAGGGUAAAAAACUGCACCAGUGUAGACACUGUGAUUUUAAAAUUGCAGACCCUUUUGUUCUUAGCCGGCAUAUUCUUUCAGUCCACACCAAGGAUCUGCCAUUCAGAUGUAAACGUUGCAAAAAGGGCUUUCGUCAACAGGUUGAGCUCAAGAAGCACAUGAAGACCCACAGUGGCAAAAAAGUUUAUCAGUGUGAGUACUGUGAGUAUAGCACUACCGACGCUUCAGGCUUUAAACGACACGUCAUUUCUAUUCACACAAAGGACUAUCCCCAUCGUUGUGAUUACUGCAAAAAGGGCUUCCGAAGGCCUUCCGAAAAGAACCAGCAUAUCUCUCGACAUCACAAAGAUGUUGUUUUGGUGGAGGGCUUAUCAUGAACUAUCUUCAGUUUAGAAAGCAUCUGCUUCUAUUACAUUCGUUGUACAAAAAGGAGUAUUUGUGUCCUUUAAUUGUUAAAGACUUGGAAACUUAAGUUCAUGCUGAUUACUGAACUAAUUUUUCUCUCUCUUCAUUGUAUUGUGUCAUGGAUUAGAGCUUUAUCCUGAAUUGAAAAGUUGUAUGUCCUUUGACUUGGAAAUCCAUUAAAUGGACAUUUUUUUGCAACAUGGUGUCAGCUCUUUUAAGAGAUGAAAGUAACAAGCUCGUUGCAGUCAGUCAGCUGCAGUUCAUGAUCCCUGCCAUUAUAAUUACUGGACCCAAGUUAGCUAUUAUAUUCAAGAACAAUUUAGCUUCAUAUUAACUAUUGAUGGCAAACGUGGCCAUUUAUCAGUUUGUCUUAUUGCUCAGUUUUGUUGGAGUGCUUCAGUUUUUGUGCUUGCUUGCUAACUGGCUGAACACAUUUUCAGCAUAUUCUGUAUUUUGAAAUUUCCUUUUUGUUUGAGCUAUAGUUAUAUUUUUCCAAUAUGCUUCUGAAGCUGCAAUGUAUUAUGGUAAUAGUAUGUUUUCUGUCUUUAUUUGAAUUUCAAUUUUUAUUACAAUUUCAUGUUUUAAAAAAAGAAAAAAAUCUUCAGUGAUAUAAUAUUGAGCCUAAAGGCCUCCUGCGCCUUACCACAUUUUACUUGUAUUUCCAGAUGUGCUUCAUUCCUCUGUAUUGUGUGGUCUACAAUGCAUCGUGGUGGCAGAAUUCUCUCAGCUAAUUUACUUUUCCAGAUAUUGUGUAAAAAGAAUGACAUUAUUCAUGUUUUUACAAGUGUACACAUUUUUUUCCAAAAUUAUAUUUUGCCAAUGUCUGUAUCUUGUAUAAAUAAAACAAAUAGCACUAUAUGUUUUCUAAAAAAAAAGGUCCAGUGCUUUCUGUAGUACACUGCAGCUUAAUUUUCAGUUAGCAAGUUUAAAAACUUCAUUGUCUGUUCUGCAUAAGCUACAAAAAUUAUAUUUUAAAAUAACUCAGGUGGUUAGCAUUAUCCUGCUUUACACAAAUUACCUCAAUCUGGUCACACUGGAAUGGGGGUCAGUAACAGAGGUUAGUAUUUUCUGUCUGAUUAAAUCUUUCUAACAUAAAUGCAAAAGGGGAGGUGCUACUUUUAAAGUACAGAGAAAUGACUGAUGGAAAAUAUGCAAUGUGGAGUAACCUUCUGAAGAAGUCUUCACAUGAUUACUUGCAAAACAGGAUUAAAUUGGAAGAUGAAGGUGAACAGAAAAAUGCAGCAUAAUGGCAAAAUAUCAGGUUUGUAUAUUUUAUAAAAUGUUUGAACUUCAAAACGGUGUGCAACGUCAGAUUUCUACAGAAUCCUGAAAGUUUUGAAAUAUAAUAAGAUGGGCUUCAUGUACAUUAGUGUCUAAAAUGGCAUGUGAGUUUAAACAAAUUUCAAAUGGAAGAUCUGCAAAUCAUAUCAUUAUAUAACUUGCAGACUAAAUCCUCAAUGUAUUCUCAAGAGAUAGGACACUGUUGAAUGAAAAGAGAGGAAAUUAUGUUAUUUAAAAAGAAAAUAUGGUACUAAAUAAUUUAUACAACAGUGGUUAACCAUUACUUAAAUUAUUUAAAAAAGGUCAUCUAAUGUAAAGUUAUACAUUCUAUCCUCAAGUUAAAUGUUUUUAAACAAUACAUUUGUUAAAAUCAUUCAAGAAUGCUUAGGAAUACUAAUUAUUUUCCGAGCGUAACUGACUCCCCACCACCACCCCCAAUUCUUUACCAAAAUAAAAACAAUAUAAACUUUGUUAUCUCUUUUAAAUCUGCUUAAAAUACCAGAAUUUGAAUGCAUGGAAUUAAAUCUAACAUAGCAAGUGCUUAUUUGAGUAUCUUCUCCCCAUCAUGAUUUCUAAAUUAACGUGAACCAGAUAUUGCAACAGUGCACUAGUCUCUUUGUAGUGCUUUGUAAAUGUAAUUCAUGAGUACCAUAAAUCUAUUGUAUGUGGAUGAAAUUUCUUUGCGUUUUUGUCUUGUCAGAAACUUUUUUGGCAUUUAAUUUGUACUCUUGACAUUGGGAGUUUAAGAAACCUGCAAAAGUGUGCACUGACAACAAAUGCUGUGCUUUUGGUUGAGCUUAUGUACUCAUUGUACUGUACAGCCGGAUGCUGUGUUGUACAUUGUCAUCAUGCUGGCCUGAUGUUGGUCAGAGUUUCUGAGGAAAAAUUUACUUCUGGAGAAUAAUGAAAAAUGAUGGAGAAGGGGCAAUAGAUAAAAUGUGUACGUUUAUGAAAAAAAAUGAAGAACAUGUAUUAAUGUUAAUAAUUGCUUAUUGUAUAGACUUUGAGAGGGAAUAUAAACUGUUGAGCAAUUGAAUUGUUUAAUGGAUUUAAUCCACUUUGAAGGGCAGCUAAGGGAAUUUUUUGAAUGGGUGCAGAUUUUUUUUUACUGGGAUAAAAUAUUAACUGAUUAAAAAGCCAGUUGAUCUGAGAAAGAAGUUUUAUGUCCCUGUACCUGUAAACAAAACUAUUUUCUGUGUCAUUGUUAUGCUAAACAAUGUACUUCAUAUAAUCUGUAAACAAAAUAAAAUUCAAAUUAUUUUCCUUU